CUGGUGAAGACUCUUUUAUUGUCAGAAAGUGGAAGACGCUUUCGAGAGAUGGAUACGUUUUUCCUUUCUCAUGGAUCGCCGACUCUGGCGAUAGAUGAGAACCUGCCGGCGAGGCCUUUCUUGAGAUCGUGGCAGGAGAAGGUGUUUCGGCCGAAACCCAAAACGAUUCUUAUGAUUUCGGCCCACUGGGAGACCACCGAUCCCACCGUCAACGUCGUCGAUCGAAAUGAUACCAUCUACGAUUUCUACGGUUUCCCAAAGCGCAUGUAUCAGCUCAAGUAUCCAGCUCCAGGAGCGCCCAAAUUGGCAAAAAGGGUGAAGGAGUUACUGACCCGAGCUGGGGUCAAGAACGUGAAGGAAGAUAGGACCCGUGGGCUGGACCAUGGUGCAUGGGUCCCACUUAUGCUCAUGUAUCCGAAGGCAGACAUCCCGGUGUGUCAGCUCUCUGUCCAGACGAAUAUGGACGGCACCUACCACUACAACAUGGGGAAGGCAUUGGCCCCACUUAAGGAUGAAGGGGUGCUGGUAAUUGGAUCAGGAAGUGCUACACAUAACUUGAGGACCCUUAGAUCUGGAAGCCCAGUUUUACCUUGGGCCUCUGCCUUUGAUGCAUGGCUCGAGGAGUCGCUCAUUAAGGGAAGACACGAGGAUGUGAACCGCUAUUUGGAGAAGGCACCUAAUGCAAAAAUGGCUCACCCCACACCGGACCACUUCUACCCUUUGAACGUUGCACUUGGGGCUGCUGCUGGGAGAAUGAAAGCCGAACUCAUUCAUCGUAGCUGGGAAGAUGGAUCACUUUCUUAUGCUUCUUACCGUUUUAAGCGUGCUUGAAGGCUAUCUCAAGCAGGACUUGAUUAUUACAUGUUUAGUAAGCUUUUAUCUUCAUUCGACUAUUAUUUUUGUGAUAACUGGUAAACCAGUGUGGGUAAAGGAAGAGGGUUGUAGUUGAACUUUUGCCAGGCAAAUGGCUAGAAAGAAAAAGCUCAGCUGAA